AGCAUUCCCUCGUCUAGCUCGUUGUCCUUGCAUCCAGAGCGGUGCCUGCAACGUAGCAAGCGCCGGCUCCUCCAGCGGCUCUCGGCGGCCGCAGCGCCGCCCGCGCCCAGCGGAACUCGGCGCCGGAGACGCGUUUCCGGAGGACGGAAUUCGGCGUCGGACCUCGGGCCUACGUAAUCUCCGGCGGCGACGGCGGCGCAUGGCGGCCCUAGGACAGCCUUCUCCGGAGAAAUCAGCGGCCGCAGGCCCAGAGCCCUCCACGUGCAGUGACACCGCCCCCGGGGUGCAUCCCGAGCGCCGUGGAGGCGCCGCAGCUUCCAAGAAGCAAAAGAAGAAGAAAACCCGGAAUGGGGCCUCCGUGGCGAAUGGAGGCGGGAAUGUCUCAGAAAAGCCGGCCUCAGAGGAAGCGCCCCUAAGCGCGGAGGCUCAGGCCGAGCAGCUGGCCCGGGAACUGGUGUGGUGCGUGGAACAGUUGGAGCUGGGCCUCAAGACGCAGAGACCCAGUCCGAAGCAGAGAGAGCAGGCUGUUGGGGCAAUCCGAACCCUGCGCAGCGAAAGAACCCCCCUGCCGCGGAAGAGGCAGCUGAUGCGCUCCUUGUUUGGGGACUACAGGGCUCAGAUGGAAGCCGAGCGGUGCGAGGCCCUUCGGGUUCUCAGAACUGCAGCUCGCACAGCCCAGGUGCAGCCUGUAGGUGAGGCCACCAGAAAGAAGAGCGGAAGGGUCUGCAGGCCUCGCCAGGCAGGGGUAGCCAAGGCCAUCGUGGACACUCCUGAUGAAGUGUUUAGGUUCAAUUUCUUUUAGCUUGUCCUCCAUCCUGGAACAGUUCCCCUGCCCAGGUAGUGCGGACUUGCGGAGCCUUUCCAGGACUGCUCUGUCGGACAGCUGUGGGGUUGGUCUGUCCAUGGCUGGUCAGUGGAUCUGGGGCCAUGGCUAUGGGACAGGUGUGACACCAACCUAUUGGGUACUGUCAGGUAAGCACAGGACCCAUUUGUAGGUUUUCAGAUGAAAUGUCCUUCCUCCAGAAGAAGGAGGUUUGUUUAGAAAAGCUUCUGCAAUAAUUUGAAGUGAGUGUUCAGCAAGUUGUAGAAAGAGUGUUUUACUCAAUCUUUAGGCUGAGAUUAAGCAGCUGUUUGUAGUAAGUUCUAGGGAGGAGGCUGUACAACGGUAUACUGGUGCUCACUUACAAAAGAAUGUCCUGUCAGAUGGUGUAGUGCUUUAUGUCAUAAUGUCACGUUGCACUAAUAAAACUAUUUUUGUAAAAAUGGA